ACCUCUUGUCGCCACGCAACACAGCCAAAGAUGAGCCACAGAACCAUCGUCUCCUCCUCACCGCUUCCAACCCCUUACCGCAAAGAUUCAAUUCGCAGAGGAACCAAGAGCCCAAAGCUCCCAGCUAGCUAGCUGAAAUGGCUCUCGCCCACCAGAUCACCAACCAGCCGCUCCUCUCCUCCCCGCCGUGCCUCGCAAGAACCAACGGUAGCAAUGCGCGGACGGCGAGGACGGCGUUUCUUGGCCACAGCUGCUGCCUGAAGCUUCGGGAUACGGCGAUGAGAUGCGUCGUCGUCCGCGCGUCUUCGUCAGCGCAGGCGGAGCCCAAGUCCGGAGGUGGGGACGGGGAUGGAGGCCAGGAGCCGUACGAGGAGUACGAAGUGGAGAUCCUGAAGCCGUACGGGCUCAAGUUCGCCAAGGGCCGCGACGGCGGCACCUACAUCGAGGCCAUCUUCCCCGGCUCAUCCGCCGAGCAGACCGGCAAGUUCACCGUCGGCGACAAGGUUAUUGCCACCAGCGCCGUCUUUGGAGAGGAAAUCUGGCCGGCGGCAGGGUACGGCCAGACCAUGUACUGCAUCCGCCAGAGAGUUGGCCCUCUCUACAUGAAGAUGCAGAAGAAAUUUGGGAAAUGGGAUGGUGCUGCUGAGCUCUCUGACAAGGAGGUCAUCAGGGCUGAAAGGAACACCGGAAAUGUCAGCACUAAACUCAGAGAGAUUCAGAUGCAAAAUUACCAGAAGAAGAUGGAGCAGGAGAUCCAAAGAGAAGAUGACCUUCGCAUGGGGCUAAAGCUGUACAAGGAUGGAAAAUACGAGGACGCGUUGGAGAAGUUCGAGUCGGUGCUGGGGUCAAAACCAGAGAUUGAUGAAGCUUCCGUAGCCAGCUACAAUGUCGCUUGCUGUUAUUCGAAGCUCGACCGGAUACAAGCUGGCCUUUCUGCACUUGAAGAAGCGAUGAAGGCAGGCUAUGAAGACUUCAAGGUUAUUUUCCGGUGUACGCACUCGCUACGUACGUGGUCUAUACUACAACAGCUGGAGUAUCAACCGCUGUUCAUGGCGGUGUGUACGCGAUUGGAGCAGGUGGCUACGGAGGUUUUUUCCCAACAUGGGUGGCAGUAUAACCUACGGAUCGAGCCACCACCUUCUUCGACAUAGGCAUAGUGUCGGUUUAAAAGACUCUACUGUUGCCGGUUUGUCGAUUUUUAUUUCAUGAAUUUUGUCAGACUUCUGGAUUUGGCUGUGUGCAUCUUAGUUAUGCAGAGGCCGGGUGUUACUCAUAAUGCUUUGUAUCUGCUUGAUGCUACAUUUUGAGAUAAUAAAGUCGCCCUUUGUCGAAAAA